CCUUCUUUCGCCUCUCCGAAGAUCACCGAUGCUCGCUGACCGGCUUCUGCGAAUGGCCAUCUGCCCCUAGAGGAGGAAACGCCCCGCGCCAUGAGCUCCCUAAAAUUCGUGGUGUCCUCGCUGGACAUCAUCGCUGCACAUGCCGGUCGCAACAAGCAACUGGCCGAGCUGGCCGAGAAGGCGCUCGCCGCCCUUAAAGAGAACGACCAGCAGCUGCCGGACCCCGAGGUCGUUUUCGCGCCUUUGCAACUUGCCACUAAAUCGGGCACGAUCCCCCUCACCACAACGGCCCUCGAUUGCAUCGGGAAGCUGAUCUCUUCCUCGUACUUCUCCGCACCAUCCUCCUCGGCAGCCCAGGAUGGCGCCGAGCGAGCGCCCCUCAUCGAACGGGCCAUCGAUACCAUCUGCGACUGCUUUCAGGGCGAGGCAACGCUGGUCGAGAUCCAGCUGCAGAUUGUCAAAUCACUGCUCGCCGCAGUGCUUAACGACAAGAUUAUCGUGCAUGGCGCCGGGUUGUUGAAGGCUGUGCGACAGGUUUACAACAUCUUCCUGCUCUCCCGGAGCACGGCAAACCAGCAAGUGGCACAAGGGACGCUAACCCAAAUGGUGGGCACCGUAUUCGAGAGAGUCAAAACUAGGCUACACAUGAAGGAGGCACGGGCAAACCUCGACAAGCUCAAGGCUAGCCGCAGCAGUUUGGCUGUUGACCAUCCCGAGGACCAGGAAGAUCAGGAUAAUCAGACCGAUAAGGCCGACAGCGAAGAGGCCAAUGAAACCGUCUCGGACGCCACUCCCUCUGCCACCCCUGAUGAAACGGCAGGGAAGCUGACCUUGAAAGACUUGGAGCACCGGAAGAGUUUCGAUGACUCCCACAUGGGCGAUGGCCCUACAAUGGUCAGCCAGGUGAAACCCGUCAAGAGGGCGGCGCGGUCGGUGUCCGAGCAGAGUACCGCCGAGAGCUCCAACGAGGAUACGCCAGAAUCCCUUGACGCCGAGGACGAAGCCUAUAUACGCGAUGCUUACCUCGUUUUCCGGUCAUUUUGCAACCUGUCAACGAAGGUCCUCCCACCCGAUCAACUUUACGAUACCCGUGGACAGCCUAUGCGCUCCAAGUUGAUCUCGCUCCAUCUCAUUCACACACUGCUCAACAACCACAUUACCGUCUUCACGUCACCGCUGUGUACCAUCAGGAACACGAAGAACAAUGAGCCUACGAGUUUCCUGCAAGCUAUCAAGUAUUAUCUUUGCCUGAGCAUCACCCGCAAUGGAGCAAGUUCUGUUGAUAGGGUAUUUGAAGUUUGUUGUGAAAUCUUCUGGUUGAUGCUGAAGUACAUGAGGUCCUCUUUCAAGAACGAAAUCGAGGUGUUCCUCAGCGAGAUUUACCUUGCUCUCCUCGCACGGAGGAACGCCCCACUGUCACAGAAACUUACCUUCGUUGGGAUAUUGAAGAGGUUGUGCGAGGACCCACGAGCCUUGGUGGAAUUGUACCUCAACUACGACUGUGACCGCAACGUGGAGAAUAUCUUCCAAAGGAUAGUGGAGGACCUGUCAAGGUUCGCGACGGCGUCGAUACCCAUCAAUCCCGCCCAGGAGCAACAUUACGAAGACAACCACUCAAAGUACGCGCCGAUCGGGGAGUGGCAGAAUAAGAGCGUGCUCCCACCGCCGCUGUCUGUAUCGCUGAUCGCGACACAACACGAACAGGAUAGCGAGGUACCGAGAGAGUAUCUCAUGAAGCGUGUGGCAUUGGAUUCUCUCGUCGAGACGCUCAGGUCGCUGGUGAACUGGUCGCAGCCCGGGAGGUUCGAAGCCAACGGGACUGGAGCUGACGUACAGAGGCGGCCCUCGAGUGACGAUGUUAGAGACUCGAUCGAUCCUUCGGCCAGCGAAACGGCGUCGCGCCUGGAAACACCCGUCGCUCCCUCGACCCCAGUCAUUGACGACGACCCGGACCAGCUGGAAAAGGAAAAGGCCAGGAAGACGGCCUUGGCCAACGCCAUCAAGCUCUUCAACUAUAAACCAAAGCAUGGCAUCAAGCUUCUCAUCAAAGAGGGUUUCAUCCCCAGCGACUCGAACGAGGAUAUCGCUCGGUUCCUUCUGCACGAGGAUCGCCUGGACAAGGCGCAGAUCGGCGAGUAUCUCGGCGAGGGAGACCAAAAGAAUGUCGAAAUCAUGCACGCAUUCGUCGACAUGAUGGAUUUCAGUAAAAAGCGCUUCGUCGAUGCGCUGCGCGAGUUUCUCCAGGCUUUCCGCCUGCCCGGAGAGGCGCAGAAGAUUGACCGUUUCAUGCUCAAGUUUGCUCACCGCUACAUGACGGGCAACCCCAACGCAUUCGCAAAUGCCGACACCCCAUACGUGCUUGCGUACUCCGUCAUCCUACUCAACACGGACCUCCACAGUUCUAAGGUGAUGCGGCGCAUGUCUAAGGAGGACUUUAUCAAGAACAACCGUGGCAUUAACGACAACGCUGAUCUCCCCGACGAGUACCUCAUUGGCAUUUAUGAGGAUAUCCAGAAAAACGAGAUCGUUCUAAAGAGUGAGCGAGAGGCGGCGGCGGCAUCCGGGCUUCUACAACCGCAGGCAACCGGUCUGGCAGCCGGGAUCGGGCAAGCCUUGUCGAACGUGGGGCGCGAUCUGCAACGGGAAGCAUACGUGCAACAGUCUGAGGAGAUUUCGCUGAGAUCAGAACAGCUCUUUCGGAAUUUGUAUCGCAGCCAGCGCAAAAGCGCCAGCAAAGCAGGUGCAAAGUUCAUCUCGGCUACCUCGUUCAGACACGUCGGGCCCAUGUUUGACGCGACAUGGAUGUCCUUCUUUUCCACUCUCUCCAGCCUCACUCAGAAAACUCACAACCUCGAGGUCAACAAGCUAUGUCUGGAGGGCAUGAAGCUGGCCACCAGGAUUGCCUGUCUGUUCGAUCUUUCCACGCCGCGCGAAGCCUUUAUCUCGUUCUUCAGGAACACGGCCAACCUCAACAAUCCCCGGGAGAUGCAGGCCAAGAACGUUGAGGCCUUGAAAGUCCUCCUUGAUCUUGCUCAGACCGAGGGCAACCAUCUCAAGGAGUCAUGGAAAGACGUGCUCAUGUGCAUCAGUCAGCUCGACCGCCUCCAGUUGAUAUCGGGGGGUGUUGAUGAGAGUGCGGUGCCCGACGUCUCGAGGGCUCGGUUCGUGCCGCCGCCCCAGCGCACAGACACCACGGACUCUCGCAAGUCGACGUCCUCGGCCAGGAGAGGCAGGCCACGGGCUCAUACUGGACCCCAGGGUGUCUCGCUGGAAAUUGCGCUCGAGAGCAGAUCCGACGACGUGAUCAAGAGCGUUGACAGAAUCUUCACAAACACUGCCAAUCUGUCCAGAGACGCCAUCAUUCAUUUUGCCAGGGCAUUGACAGAAGUCAGCUGGGAUGAGAUCAAAGUGUCGGGGUCGAACGAUUCUCCCCGCACAUACAGUCUCCAGAAGAUUGUCGAGAUCAGCUACUACAACAUGACGCGUGUCAGGUUCGAAUGGAGCCAUAUCUGGGACGUUCUCGGAGAGCACUUCAACCGAGUCGGCUGCCACGCCAACACGGCCAUCGUCUUUUUUGCGCUAGAUUCGCUCCGCCAACUCUCGAUGCGCUUUUUGGAGAUUGAGGAACUGGCAGGUUUCAAGUUCCAAAAAGACUUCCUCAAGCCUUUCGAGCAUGUUAUGUCAAACUCCAACAACGUUACCGUCAAGGACAUGGUACUCCGAUGCCUCAUCCAGAUGAUCCAGGCCAAGGGCGAGAAUAUCCGUUCCGGUUGGAGGACCAUGUUCGGAGUCUUUACCGUGGCGGCGCGGGAGCCUUACGAAAGCAUUGUCAAUCUCGCGUACGAAAACGUUACGCAGGUUUACAAGUCUAGGUUUGGCGUCGUUAUCUCCCAGGGCGCUUUCACUGAUCUCAUCGUCUGCCUCACUGAAUUCUCCAAGAACACAAGAUUCCAAAAGAAGAGCCUGCAAGCGAUGGAACUGUUGAAGUCCAUCAUCCCUACGAUGCUCAAGACGCCCGAAUGCCCCCUCUCCCACAAGCCAGGUGGGAACGCCGAUCAGGCCGAGUCGAAUGUCAAAACAUCAGCCCCGCAAACUCGCACAUCGGUUGAGGAAGGGUUCUGGUUCCCGGUGCUCUUUGCGUUCCACGACGUGCUCAUGACCGGGGAGGAUCUGGAGGUGCGGUCAAACGCGCUCAACUAUUUCUUCGAGACGCUGUUGCGAUAUGGUGGCGACUUCCCCUCCGAGUUCUGGGACAUCCUCUGGAGACAGCAGCUCUACCCCAUCUUUAUGGUCCUUCGAUCACGGCCGGAGAUGACCAACGCCCUGAAUCACGAGGAGUUGUCCGUCUGGCUGUCUACAACCAUGAUCCAGGCGCUUCGCAACAUGAUCACUCUAUUCACUCACUACUUCGAAGCUCUCGAGUACAUGCUGGACAGGUUUCUAGAGCUGCUCGCCCUCUGCAUUUGCCAGGAGAACGACACGAUUGCUCGGAUAGGGAGCAACUGCUUGCAGCAGCUCAUCCUUCAGAAUGUUACAAAAUUCACCCCCGAGCACUGGGCCAAGAUCGUGGGCGCAUUCUGUGAGCUAUUUGAGAGGACGACGGCAUACCAGCUCUUCUCUGCGACAACCAUCAACUCUACCGCGUCGCUGUCCCCUCCGCCUAACGGAUUGGAACUUGGGGGUGCCACAAGCCCGACGUCGGAAGCCCCACCAGACGAGAAGUCUCUCAAGAUCAACGGCAACGAAACAAACGGGGACUCAACAGCGCCGGAAUCGACUCACGGCGACGCCGGCGGUGCCGAUGCACCGACAGGGACCAACGCAUCCGCUCCGACCGCGUCUUCUCAACCCGAGACCACCCCGUCACAGCAACUCGAAGAAUUUAAGCCCGCAAAUCCGCUCCAGCAACAACCUGUUGUAGUCACCGCCGCCCGCCGCCGCUUCUUCAACCGCAUCAUCUCCCGCUGCGUGCUCCAGCUGCUCAUGAUCGAAACGGUCAACGAGCUCUUCAGCAAUGACGCCGUGUAUGCGCAAAUCCCGUCUCAAGAGCUUCUCCGACUCAUGGCGCUGCUCAAGAAAUCUUUCCUCUUUGCCAAGCGCUUCAACGCAGACAAAGACCUGCGCAUGCGCCUCUGGCGCGAGGGUUUCAUGAAGCAGCCGCCCAACCUGCUGAAGCAGGAAUCCGGCAGCGCCGCGACGUAUGUGUCGAUCCUGUUCCGCAUGUUUGGCGACACGUCGCCCGAGCGGAUGGGCAGCAAGGCCGACGUCGAGAGCGCGCUGGUGCCGCUGUGUCGCGACAUCAUCCGCGGAUACAUCAAUCUCGAUGAGGAGAGCCAGCACAGGAAUAUCGUGGCCUGGCGACCGGUCGUGGUCGAUGUGCUCGAGGGGUAUGCCGCGUUCCCCCGCGACGCAUUUGCGGCGCAUAUUCACAGUUUUUAUCCUCUCGUUGUGGAGCUGCUGGGGAAGGAUCUUGGCCAGGAGCUCCGGGCCGCGCUGUUGCUCGUUCUGAGGAGGGUCGGAGAAGUUGGGCUGGGGAUUGAAGGGAUGGGUGCUGCGGCAGCUGGGAGUGGCACGCCGGCAGAGGAUGCGAGGCGGAAUAGCGUGUUGUCUGCGCCAUCGGUCCGUCCAUCACCCAGCAUGGACAGCUUGAAUGACGACCCGUCGAGGCAGUUCAUGGGCAGGACAUGAUGGCCGAGAAGGUGGGAACGACCUCCUGGUUAUGGCCAGGGUUCAGUUCUCGUGGAUGAGUUGCUACCACUUGUUUCAUAGACUUUUUUGUGAACACUUUGCCUCAGCGAGUCAUGUGUUGUAUACUCUUGUGGUUGAACAUUUAUUCUUCCGAGGCGGAAGUUGUAUUGACUCGUUAAUUUUGGCUCGAGCCGUUGUAGUGGUCAUAUCGGAGGCUUGGUUAGGAUCGAGAAUCGCACCCUGCUAUGAACACAACCACCGAUUCCUUGCGUGAUGGUUUAUUUCACUUGUCUGGCUGGUUCGCUUAUUCCGCAGUCACAUCUUGGCUCU